UUUGGACCAUUUCCUGAAAAGUUAUAGUACUAAAUUACUUUGUGCGACCCAUGAGUCAUUACUUUUGCACCCCACUAUCAGAUGGUGUUGAUACACUUGCCAGUGCCAAUUCAGAGGGUUCUAUAGCUAUUUGGGAUUUAAAUGAGCGUAUUUUAAUCGGUCAAUUAGCACAAGCACAUCAAUCUUCAAUUACUUGGCUAAAUUUCCUUUUGGGUCAAGCUUAUUUGUUGAGUGCUGGAGAAGACAAUAAACUUGUUAAAUGGGUUUUUCGAAAUGAAAAUUCUCUUCCAGAAGUACAAAAUUGUCUUCAAGGACAUUCUGGACCUGCAACAACUCUAAAAUUUUUUGAUGACGAUUUAAUUGUUUCUGCUAGCAAGGAUGGGCAUGUUCGACAAUUCGACUCUGUAAGAACUGCAUUAUGUAAAGAUUUUGGUCUUGCUAGAGAAGUUAGAAAAGGAGAUAUUGGAAAGGAUCGUUUCAUUGAUGUUACUUUGGAACCUAUCUUACAGAUGGAGUUAAGUUUUGGUAGAGAAGCUGUUUGGGAUAAUGCUGUUUGCAGACAUUCAAAUUCUCCACUUGUUUCAACAUGGAGUACAAGGCUAAAGAAGCGUGGACUUCACUUGCUCUAUCAUGAACGUUUUAGUACCGAUCCAAACUUAUUAAAUUCUUUUGCAUCAUCAAUUUGUAUAAGUAAUUGUGGAAAUUUUGUUUUAAUUGGUUAUUCUUCUGGACAUGUAGAUGUUUUUAAUAUGCAAAGUGGAAAAUAUAAAUUUUCUUUGGAAUCGAAAAAAUUUUUGGAAGAAGAAAAUUCAACAACAGCAACAAUAAAAAAUGAUUAUAGCAACAAAAAUACAAGAGCACACGAUUCUUUAGUUGCUGGAAUAGCUUUAGAUAUAUUAAAUCGUAAUGUUGUUACUGGCUCUGCAGAUGGAAAAAUUUAUUUUUGGAGAUUUGGGAAUCCUUCAAUUUUACGUUCUAUAAUGAAAGUUGCUUCUGGUGUUCAAUUAUUUCGUUUGGAUUUGUUAAAUUCUUUGUUAGCUGUUGGAUUGGCGAAUGGGGAAGUUGGGAUAGUUGAUAUUCUUUGCAGAAAGUUGGCUCGACGCUUUAGUCAUUCAUCAUGCACUGACUGGCCUGAAGGAAGUACAUUAACAGCUUUAGAAUUUUCAAGUGAUGGAAAGUGGCUUUUGUCUGCAGACAAUCAAGGCUUUGUUAAGGUUUGGGAUUUAUCUUCUGGUCUUUUAAUUGAUGUUGUUUACCACUCAAAUCCGUGUAUAGCUAUGGCUUUUAAUCCAAGAGGUAAUUUACUCGCUACAUGUCAUGAAGGUCAACGUGGAAUUUAUUUAUGGGCUAAUAAAUUGUUGUAUUCUUCAGCUACUAGAAUUUGUGUAGAAGAGCGUAAUAACAAGUUAUUAGAAGAAGAUAUUCCAGUAACUUCUCAAUCAUUACCUUCAAUACAACAAAAAGGAAAAUUUUUGGAUGAAGUUGUUGAAGAAGAAAGAGAAAUUUCAUCAAUAUAUUCAUCACAAGAAGAACGUGUAGUUAUGAUUGAUGAAGAGGAAGAUGAGGAUGAAGAAGUUGGGGAAGAAGGAACUAGUGGAGAUUGGGCAACGUGUUCGGGUGCUGGUGGAGGUGGUUCUAGUCAUGUACAUCAAUUAAAAUUUUUGUCUUUACUUGAACAUAGAAGGGCUAAACAAUUGGAUGCAAAAUUGUUUACUCUCUCAGGGCAACCUACAAGUAGCUGGGCCAGUUUGCCAAUUUAUGAAUUAAUUAAAGAAAGAAAUAAACCAAAAGAACCACCAAAGAAGGCAAAAGAAUUACCAUUCUUUUUGCCAACAAUUGAAACUGAAAAAGGUGUGGUAUUUAGUGAAGAAUUAUUUAAUAAAAAGGACGAAGAAGAGAAUGUAGAAAAACAAAAUGGAAAGAGGACAAUGUUAAUUGCAAAAAGACAAUUGGAAGAAUUUCAAACAGAAUGGGGAUCAAAAUUGUUGAGAGCAGGAAGCAACAAUGAUCUUCUCCAUGUAUUUGAUCAAUUAAAAACUCAAAGUUUAGCUUCAAUAGAUUUCCAAAUUCGAGCUUUAAACGGCGCAAAACUUGGACAAUUUGUUGCAAUGUUAAUUGCUGUUUUAGAAAUUAGAAGAGAUUUUGAUUUAAUUCAAAGUUAUAUGGCAGCAUUUUUAAAUAUUCAUAGAGAAAAUUUAUGGAAGGGAAGAAAGGGAGGAGGAAGAAGAAGAAAAAAGGAUGAAGAGGAAAAUUUAUCGGUGGAUGAAAAAUUGGAAAAAGAUGAAGAACAAAAUGUUUUAUUAAAGGUUUUUUUAAUUUUUUUGGGAGGGCGCCGAAAUACCAAACCUCCUAAAACUGCCAAAAUACUACUAAACUGGAUUUCUGUCUUCCGCUCCUUAUUUUUUUCCAUUUUCCAACGCUCUGUCUCCUGUUAUUUUAAAUUCGGGAGGGCCCACCCUUACUAUGUAGGUAUGUUCCAAUCACUGUGAAGGUGAAAACGGUUGCUCCAUCAAUAUGUAGGAAGUUAACAAAACGUUUUUUGGGGUAUUUUGGCAUGUCUUUUAGAGGUUUGGUAUUUUGGCAUUUCGUAUUUACGGCAUCAUACAAUUUUUUAAAAUUAAAAUUUUUUUUGAAGAAUUUACAAAG